CCGACGGUCCACAUUUCUACUCCCUCACUUUUCUAUCCCCAUAAAUUCCAUCUCCUCAUUUCACAACCCUGUAAUUCAGUGGCCUGCAAUGGAAACACAAAUGAUUUCCUCAGCAUCUUUGCUCGAAGCUCUAGCUUUCACCAAUCCGAGCUAUGGCUUUCUAACGGCGGUUAAAAGCAUCUGGGCUUGGGCCGCCGUCCUGACCGUUUUCAUGGGCCUCUGGAAGAUCAAAUCGUCACCCAAAUCUCCCAAUGGGUCGUUGGAGCUUCCGGAUCCUCCUCGGAAUGUCGCGCUCUCUCCGCCGUGGCCGGUUGCGAGGCUGCCAGCCGAGCCGCCGCCGCCUGGUACCGGUCUCUGUACGGUGGGCUUGACGAAAGGGAAGUUCACGGCGUAUUUUGACGGCGAGGAGGAGAGCGAUGACGGCGGCAUUGAUGACGGCAUUUACACGUGUAAGGGAAAACGAGGGGACGGCGUCGUUUUGGCAAGGGGGUUAGGUGACGAGUGGUACGAGAGUUGGCAGAGGGCAUUGAAAACGAAAACCGGAGGUGCGGGUUGGUACUGUAACCAGGAUUUAACGGUGAUUAACGGCAACGUGGUGAGACUGUGGGGCAGCGGUUGUAGACGGCGGCGCGCCGCCGCAUGCGUCGGCGUAGGAUGCGUUGCUUCGUGGUAACUUAGAGAUGGUAGAGCAAGAAAAAAUAAUGUCGUUGCGUGUUGGUACGGUAACCAGGAUUUAACGGUUAUUAACGGCAACAUUGCCGGAUCAGGAAGGAUUUAAAACAAUUGUACAUAGUAGUAAUAAUAAUUUUGGUGUAAGUUGUAAAAAUAAUAGUUCCAGAGUUUUACUGAUUACGAUUGUUUGUGAGUAAUCAAUUUGCAAGUUAUGUUUGUAAUACUAAGUUAAUUACAAUUAAGUCUUACUGCAACUUUUAACCGUUCCCUUUUAAUUGCAACAGUCCACAUUUCAGAUUUGCCAACAUACAAAUUUGACCAUUAAUAUCUUUC